AUGCGAGAAAAAGAGAAUCAAGCACCACUAAAAAAGAAAUCAGUGUCCGGCGCCCAUAGAUCUGGUCCCCAGACCUCGAAAACUCCAAGGAGUUCCAGCCGGACAUCUGCUCGCGCAGCCAAGGCUCGUAUAUCCAGUCACUUUGAAGAGAAUGGUGCCCUCGACGACUUCGCCGAGUCUCAGGCAUGGAUUGAAAACCUCGUUGAUCACAAGGACCUUUAUAUCCCACCUUUACCGCCCGUUCGCCAACCUUCUGUUCAGCCCAAAGGAUUGCCUCUAUCAACACCGCUUAAAUCGACAUCAAACGCGCCUACCGAUGUUUCAACACCAACCCUGGAGGAACGAGUGGUGGAACUUGAGGGGAGGAUGGCUGAAAUUACUCGAAAGGAAAAGGCAUGGCGACGGGAGCGGGCACAGUAUCAGAAACGCGUCAGGGAGCUGGAGGAGGAGGUUUCUAGCACGAAGAGAGUCCUCCUUGACCUUGCAAAUCUAUUCCUUCGGGACGCUGAGGUGGAGCCUCCGUCGUCCGUCAUUCUCGAUGGCGGUUAUCUCAUCAGACGUGGUUUCGUCGAACACAUCAGCCAUCGAUUCAGAAACAUGUAA